AUGGCCUAUGUCGCCACUCACCAGUCGUCGCACCCCUUCUUGACGCCCGCGCACGCAUCCAACAUAUCGACAUGGACAUCUUCAUUGCCCAGACAUCAGUCGUAUUCGUCUCCAGAAUCCGAAUCUGAGGCUCAAUCUCGCGAAGCUGCCAUCGAGGCCUACCGCCAGCUAAAAGCCGCACUCUUCUCGAAAGCCAUGGAUCCCAGCAUGCCUAGACCUACUUGA